ACUAAAGAAUGCUGAUCCACGGAGUAUGCGCGGAGAACACCCAUUAGCAACGGGUCUAGAAAAAAAAUCCGGCGAUUUUGGUGAUAUUCAAUUGGUCAGCUCGUCUGUUGACGUCACUGAAAAUUUAGAAAUAACCGAUCCGGAUGGGUUUGAGAUGUAUAUAAAAAGGGCUGUACUUCCUCUUUGUCUAAAACCUCAAGAACAAAUAGCAAACUAGAAAAAUGGCAGCAGAAGUGGCACGCAAUAUAGAAUUACCAAACAUCCACAACAACACCACAGGCGCAAAAGAAGUACCAGAAAAGGGAUACAAAUUGACAAGCAACGGUGGUCCAAUUGAUGACAAAAACGUUGCUUUCCUCAAAGAAACUGCAAAGGAUGCACCCAUUGAUGUUAUUAGAGAAAGAUAUGAAAACGAUGGAUAUGUCUUAGUCAAGGGUCUUUUACCAAUUGAGGUGGUCAGAAAGAUGAGAAGAGACUACUUUGAAUUCGUAAAAUGCACUGGUAUCCUCAAGGAGGGUACUGACUCCGUUGACGGUAUUUUUACUGGUGGUCCACCAAACAAGUUCGGUGGUCCCGGCUCUGCCAACACCGGUGAAGGCACGCUGGACCCCCAACAAGUGGAGUUCUUGAAAAGAGCAACUGAAGCUCACUACUCGGAAUUCUAUGACGAGUUCCAGAAGACACCAGAGCUCUAUGAAUUCGCUAGGAAGAUUACCGGUUGGCAGAAUAUCCUCCUCUUACAGCGUCAGAUGUUAAGAACUAAUGUCAAAGGUUCAGAAGCCACUGCGGUGCAUUAUGACCAAAUUUUCCUCAGAGGUGCUCUCCCAACUAGCUUGACAGCCUGGAUACCAAUUGGAGGCUGUAACGUUGAAGGCGGCAGCUUGAUCUACCUUGAGAAGUCACACGAAAUUGGCCGCGAAAUUGAGAACGACUUCUCAGAGAGAGCAAAGGACUUCACACCAGAAGAGCGCUUAUCGGCUUUCAACAGCAAUAUGAUGCGCGGUGGUAUUCUUUCAGAUGACGCACAAGGAUUCGGAAAGGUCUAUGGCCGCAGAUGGCUCGUAACCAACUAUGAGGAUGGAGAUGUCAUCUUCCAUCAACCUUACAUGAUUCAUGCAUCUUCUGUCAACGAGACUGACAAAAUCCGUCUCAGCACCGAUCUUCGCUUCGUCAAUCCAGAUGAAGACUUCGAUAGAAGAUGGACUAAUAAGUGGUACGUCGGUGACGGGCUGUAAAAGCCAAAGCAGACGCGUCAUAUGACGCCCUAGCAUGUAUUUCUCUCUUUCUCGAUAUAACACAUCCUGUAUUCUUUUUCAUUGCGAUAUGAUGUCGAU